CAGUAUUCGGUUGUCCUGAAACCCAAACGCUAUUUAAGCAAAGUGUACAAAUCAAAGCAAUCACUAUCUGCACUACUUCUGUUCAAAUUUCUGAUAUUCCUUCAACUACUUUUCUUCUUUGUGUGUGUGUGUGUUGGUCAGAUCGCUCGACCUGAUUAAUAUUUGCAAGAAUGGGCCGUUUUUGGACUUUGAUUACCUACCUUCACUCUAUGGCCGGGCCAGGAGUGAUGCUUCUCUAUCCAUUGUAUGCAUCGGUGGUGGCUAUAGAAAGCACCUCAAAAUUAGAUGACGAACAGUGGCUGGCGUAUUGGAUUUUGUAUUCCUUUCUCACUCUAAUGGAGAUGCUGCUCCAACCCCUCUUGGAAUGGAUCCCCAUAUGGUACGAUGUGAAGCUAGCAUUCGUUGCGUGGUUGGUGCUGCCUCAGUUCAGAGGCGCUGCUUUCAUUUACGAAAAAUUCGUCAGAGAAAAGCUGAUCAAGAAAUACGGAGGACCACAUUUGCAGAAAUCCCCCAACUCCAAAGGCAAAAACAAGUUCGUCGAUUUCAUCUCCACCAAGAAGGGGGAGCAAGAAGCGUAUUAGUGAAGAAGCAUUGAUUAGGGAACUGUGUGCUUUUUGACUGAUCUAAUCUGGCCGGCUGUUUUUUUUUUUUUUUAAUGUUUUCUUGUAACAUGAUGUACGGAUGAUGAUGUUCUAUCAACAACGGCUUUUACUUUGGUGGUGAUUGUAUAA